AGUGCAUCGCUAUAAUUCAUUAAUACAUCAUAAAUCGUGAAGCACAGGGUUAUAACGACCACGAUCCACAAAUCAAGCCCUCCAAAAUCACCCAAAUGAGCUCGUACUUUGUAAACUCCUUCUCGGGGCGUUAUCCAAAUGGCCCGGACUAUCAGUUGCUAAAUUAUGGCAGUGGCAGCUCUCUGAGCGGCUCUUACAGGGAUCCCGCUGCCAUGCACACCGGCUCUUACGGCUACAAUUACAAUGGGAUGGACCUCAGCGUCAACCGCUCCUCGGCCUCCUCCAGCCACUUUGGGGCGGUGGGCGAGAGCUCGCGCGCCUUCCCCGCGCCCGCCCAGGAGCCCCGCUUCAGGCAAGCGGCGUCGAGCUGCUCCCUGUCCUCGCCCGAGUCCCUGCCCUGCACCAACGGCGACAGCCACGGCGCCAAGCCCUCUGCUUCGUCCCCCUCCGACCAGGCGACCCCGGCCAGCUCCAGCGCCAAUUUCACCGAAAUAGACGAGGCCAGCGCGUCCUCGGAGCCUGAGGAAGCCGCGAGCCAGCUAAGCAGCCCGAGCCUAGCUCGGGCACAGCCAGAGCCCAUGGCCACCUCCACAGCCGCGCCCGAGGGGCAGACUCCGCAGAUAUUCCCUUGGAUGAGGAAGCUUCACAUCAGCCAUGAUAUGACCGGUCCGGACGGGAAAAGGGCCCGGACCGCGUACACCCGCUACCAGACCCUGGAGCUGGAGAAGGAGUUCCACUUCAACCGCUACCUGACGCGGCGGCGGCGCAUCGAGAUCGCCCACGCGCUCUGCCUGUCCGAGCGCCAGAUCAAGAUCUGGUUCCAGAAUCGGCGCAUGAAGUGGAAGAAAGACAACAAACUGAAAAGUAUGAGCCUGGCUACAGCCGGCAGCGCCUUCCAGCCCUGAGCCCGCCUGGAGGAGCCCUGGGUGGCCCAAGAGCCCUUGCCGCCCCCAGCCCUGGCCCCUCCAAACCUCCCUGCGCUGCCACUGCCCGCUGGGGACCGGUUCCCACGAGCCUGCCUCGCACCGGCCUUGUGUUACGAGUUUUCGUUUGGUCUUAGGUCUUCCUGUGGCUCCCUCUCUCCUGGACUGGUUAAUCUUGUUAUUAUUGUUAAUAAUAAUGAUAAUUAUUAUUUUCCCUCCCUGCUCCCCACUCCCCUCCACUCAGCCCCCAAUCCGCCAGUGUUUCUGAAUGUUCGUGUCUGUGGUUGCACUCCUUCCCCCAGGAAAGAAAGAAACUCGCAUGUUUAAUGUGAACAGUCCCCUUCCUAUCUGUGUUCUUCUAACUUAUUUAUAAAGGGAUGAGUGCUGUGUUUUGAGUUUCAGCUUGAAACUUCUCUAAGGGGCAGCAGUUGAGGUGGGGCAGUGCCGGAGCAGCGCCCGGCCCAGCUGAGCUGGUCUCGGACAUGGAGUCCAUGACUGUCUCUUUCCAUCCUCCUCCUCCUCCUCCUCCUCCUCCUCCUCCUCCUCCUCCUCCUCCUCCUCCUCCUCCUCCUCCUCCCUCUUCCUCCCUCCCCACUCCCCAGGCCCAAGUCUUCCAGAGGCUUGGUCAAAGGGUGGGAAGGAGGCAGGAAGGACCAAAGGGGUGAUAUGGAGAAGAGGGAAGGUAAACCGUGAGAAUUAAGUUCCUGCCGCCUGGGUAGGCCCCACAAGGCCUGGCCUGGGAGUGUAUGGAAACACAAAUAAUCCUCAGUGUAAAAUGUCUUGUGUAUUUCUCUGUGAAUUCAUGGGUCUGGAGUAGAGGGCCCAAAGCUUGUAAAUAUGGGGAUAGUCUGGGUCAGACCCAUCCCCUCCCCCCCUACACCCAUUUCGCUUCCAAGACCAUUUGUAGUGAGCGAGUGGAUGCUGUGCUACGCGUGAAAUCUGUCUUUGCCUUUGCCGGGCCUGUCUCAGUGAUUCGCUUUUGGUAUUUGUAGCUUUCCUUGAAGUCAAAUAAAUGUUUCCCCUAAUCCAC